GGACUCAUUGACGGAGAAUUCUCCGAGGAUCGCUCCGGCGUUGGUUGGUUACGUAGCAGCGAGUUAAGUUUCCCCGACGUAGGGUUGGAUUUACCAGCCGUUAGGCCUUAUGAAAUUUCGGUGGAUAAUAACUUUUCUCUUUCGGUGAAUGUGAAUAAUUUUCCUCGAAGCACUGGUAUGUUGUGAUUGUUGAAUACGUUGCAUACAUGUGCGAUUUAUUGGGAUAUUUGAUCUGGGGAUGAUUGGAAUAUUUGAUAACCUUCCUUUAUCGCUAUUGUUUAGGUCUAUAAAGAAAACCAACACGUAAAUAUUGGUAAUAUUCAGACACUAGGAUGCACCUUCAAUUUGAAGUGUCAUUAGUACAUAGGUUUAGGUUUACUAGGUUCAGUAAUUUGUCACGUUAUUGCGUUUGAUUUUUGCAGUAUUUUAUUUCGGUUUGGGUGGACCAAGCAUAGGAUUUUUAUUCACAUUCUUUAUAUGGUUUAGUGAUUUGACGAUUUUAUACUUAUGGCAUUGGUUGUGGUCCUUGUGGACCAAGACGUGAUAGGAGUUUUUGUAAAAAAGAUGUUAAGCUUUUUUUGAAACUCAAUAUUUAGCUUGAUGAAAUGCAAACCUAUCCCUAAUUGAAGCAUUGUUCUUUUUCUUGGUUAAUUUUUUCAUCUUGAUUUUCUACUCCUGCACAGAUCAAAUCCGUUUAGAAGACAACAUUGAAUAAACAGUCAAUGAAAACCCUACUUGAUUAUCUUUGUUUUCUUAAGCUCUGAAAUCCAUCAAAACUCAAACACAAAACAAAUAAGUAUUGUUUACAGCAUCCAAUUCAGCCACCAAUUUAAUUAAUAAAUUCCUUGUCUAUUGCCUGCAAAUUCCCUGAACCUCACGUCACCCUAUGAACCUUCGAUCCACAUGUUUUCUACCUUCAAUUGCCAUUAGAAUCCUAAUCCUGAUAUGCUUGAUCCCAAUCCUUUCGCCAUCUUACAUCAGUUGUUCUAUCCAUGACCAACUCUCGUUAAAGCUUAAAUUCUUUGAUGAAGGACUAUGAGUGGUUUUAUAUGUCUAACUUGUUAAACAACAACAAACUCUUUCUCCACUAGGUAGGGAGGUAUAUGAACCAAACAAUUCCAUUGUGUUAUGUCAAAAAUAAAGUUUGUUGGAAAGGCCCUAUACGUUUAAGUCUUUUACUCUAGGUUUCCUUUAAAUUUUCCUUGAUAGUCCUCUAUUGUUCAUUCAUUUGGUACAAUAAAAUAUGACUAAUUCAAUAAAUAACCCGUUUGAGCUUGAAAGGCAUCUUUUGAUUACAGAAAAUGCUUGAAGCAUAUUUUCAUUUCAAGAUACUUGAUUUAUACAACUUGUUAUAUAAAUAUGAUCGCCAAACCAGUGCCAGUCCUCUUCUUGCUUAAAAUGUAUUUCAUAUACUUCGUUUCUUUCAUAUGUAACCGGAAACCACAGGAUUGUUACCUCCACUUCUCAAGUUUACUAUUUAUUUAUUCUUUCGACAUUUCCAGUACGGCUAUAUCAUCUACAAAAAAUAAUAAUUGAGGCACUGGCUUGUGGGUAUGCUUAUGCCCUUGCCAGGAUCACAUUCUCAGGCCAUCCAACUUGAAGUAAAGCUUAAGCUGUUAGAUGAAGUAAAGCUUAAGAAAAGAGGGAAGAGGCUGUCAAGCAAGUAUGCCUUGAUCCACCAUCAGUUUCAAAGCCAUUGAAAGAAAAAACUACAAAGGCUGAGAGACGAGCAUUGCAGGAGGCUCAAAGAGCUGCAAAAGCUGCUUCUAAAGUCUGUGGUUGGUUUGAUUGUUGUUCUGUAUCCAGCUAAUGGAAGUACAGCAGUUGCUGAAUCUGUGAAAGCAGCCGGAGCUAAAAUUAAAAAGCAGUCUUCGCAAAAGAAAGAUGGUCCUCCAGUUACACCAUCAGUCACUAAUGAUAAGAAAUCUGGAAAUCGUCCUUUGGAGAAAGAUAGGAAAAAAGAUGCUCCUCCUCAACGAAUGCAAUUUGAUGAUGAAAACAGAGUAGAAAAGGCUAAAAGGCGCGCAUUAGUAAAUCAAACUGAAGCAAGAAACAGAGUUGAAUUAUUUCGGCAUUUGCCUCAAUAUGAACAUGGCCCUCAACUUGCUAAUCUUGAGUCAAAGCUUUUCCAACUUGACUCAGUGCAUCCUGCUGUGUUUAAGGUUGGAUUACGUUAUAUGGCCGGAGAUAUAUCAGGGGUUAAUGCUCGUUGUAUUGAAAUGCUUAGAGCGCUUCAAGAAGCCAUUAUAGACUACUCCACUCCGCCUGAAAAAGUAUUUUUUAGGGAUUUAACUACAAAAAUCAGCAGUUAUAUUUCAUUUAUUAGUGAAUGCAGACCUCUUUCUAUUAGCAUGGGCAAUGCGAUUAGGUUUGUGAAGAGUCGUAUUGCCAAGUUGCCCUUAAGUCAUACUGAUGCGGAGGCAAAAGCAGCUCUUUGUUCUGAUAUUGACCGAUUCAUUCAUGAAAAAAUAAUUAUUGCGGAUAAGGUGAUUGUUGGACAUGCUGCUACCAAAGUUAGGGAUGGAGAUGUUCUUCUCACAUAUGGUCUGUCUAGUGUUGUUGAGAUGAUUCUCUUAUAUGCCCAUGAUCUUGGGAAACGAUUCCGAGUUGUGGUGAUAGACUCACGGCCAAAGCUUGAAAGUCAGGCCUUACUUACAAGGCUUAUGGCCAAGGGCUUGAGUUGUACAUAUACUCAUAUAAAUGCUGUUUCUUAUAUCAUGCACGAGGUCACAAAAGUUUUUCUUGGAGCUUCUGCUGUUCUGUCUAAUGGAACUGUACUUUCAAGGGUUGGGACGGCAUGUGUUGCAAUGGUGGCUCAUGCAUUUCGUGUUCCUGUAUUAAUCUGUUGUGAAGCUUUUAAGUUUCAUGAAAGGGUGCUACUUGAUUCGAUAUGUUGCAAUGAAAUAGGUGACCCAGGGGAUGUAGCCACGGUUCCUGGAAGAAUGGAUGUCAAUUAUCUGGACAAUUGGACAACUGAAAAGAAUUUGCAGCUUUUGAAUUUAAUGUAUGAUGUUACACCUUCAGAUUAUGUCUCAGUUAUUGUUACGGAUCAUGGAAUGAUCCCUUCUACAAGUGUGCCUGUGAUUGUACGCGAGUAUGGACAAGAGCAUUACUUGAUAUAGAUAGAGAAAAUGUAGAAAGUGAGUUUAGUAACAAGCCGCAACCAAUUUUGACGAAUGGAACUUCGCUGCAUACUUGGAUGUCUAGUUACAAAAUUGAUUUUUUUUUAGGUUUACCUUCUCAAACGACUUUGGAGAUAUACAUAUUGAUUCAUUAGUCCAAAAUUCUUUCAAUUCAGGGACCUAUGGACGAAAUUGCAAGCAACUCAUAACUAGAAACACAUUUUUUUUACUAAGAUUAUUUUGAUGGUACCCUGUUGUUCUGUAGUUUGUAGAAACUAUCUGAUAUUUCUUUCUAGUAGACUUAUUUGAGAGAUAGCAAAACUUCAAAUAACCUUAAUGAAUGAAAAUUUAUGACUGAAAAUUUUCCAAA